ACUGGUAUUCAUUCAAAAGGAGGCAAACAUUGUCAAAUCUUAGUGGUACACUUCAUUUCUUAUUUUGUUUUUAAAGCUGUGAGAAUCAUUGUUUAGGAAUUGCUCUUGAUUUUAAAGUAUAAAAAUAUAAUUUUCUUCUCUUGUUAUAAAAUAACAACUGAAGCCAUGCCAAGCUUAUAUACAGUUUAAAAGAUACCUGAAAAUGUUUGUCUCACCAUCAAAAUUAUUCGUAGUAGUUGGAAAUUAGUUUAAACUCCCUCAAUAGUUGCUUUCCUUCAUCAGUAGUAAUUGCCUCGUUGGGAUACAUAUGAUAACAACCAUUUUAUUCCACUCAUCCACAAUCACAAUCUGAAGUAUUCUAUAUGGUCUACUGCCAUUGUAUGGAGCACCUGAAGUAUAGUCUGUUGGUGUUGGUGUGCCUCUAACAGCAACAGCUUCCCCUAAUGUGGCUAGUAGCUGGAAUGUUUCUCAACUUCAAGAUCUUCAAUGUGUACCUCUUCAGUUCAAUGGUCCUUCCAUAUGCUGCUCCCCAUCCUUGUCAAAGUGGGAUGUCGGACAGAUGCUUCCAUCAGUUAAGCAUCCUGUGAAACGCGCCCUUUUCCCAAAUGAGUCAGAGCUUGAUGGCAAUGAACUUCCCAGUUUCAGUUCUAUUUCUGAUCGAGGUCAGGCGAGGCCAGGAGCAGCAUACAGUGCAGAGUCCCGUGACAUUUAUUCACAAAUUGAUUCACACGAGAACUACAACACUUUGGAUUCUACUAACUAACCACUCUGGUGGUUUCUUCCCUGCCACUGUAGGACUAAAUACCAGUCAAACUAUUUCAACUGAAGUUACGGCAGAGAUAAGGGAUUCAACAGACAGAGGUAACAUGUUAGAUUCUACUAAUGGCUCUAAUCUUGAUCGACCAUUGGCUGCCACCACAAGUCUUAAUCUCAAUUGUGUCGGUCAGAGCACCUUAACUGAAGCAGGGAGAAGGAAUUCAACAGAGAGCAACAACAUGAUUGAUUCUAAUGGAUCUGAUAUUGAUGCAUCAUUGGCUGCCACUACAAGUUGUAUUGGUGAAACUACUCCAACUGAAGUAAGGCCAGGGAUACGGAAUUCAACUGACAGCAAUGAUAUUUUUGAUAUUGCUGAUCCUCCUCAUGAUUGCGGUGGUUCCUUUGUGUCAUCCUCUCCAGCAGUAAAUGCUGAUCCAUUUGAAGAAAUUGCACCCAAUGCACCCAAAAAGAGAAGAGUUCCACCACGUAAAAACACCAAGAAGAGAGUUGCUGUUCCAGGUGGUUGGGCUCAAGAGAAGGCAAAGGUGGAUUUUAAUGCAGGAGUAGCCCACGUAACGCCCAAAGGUGCUGUUAAACUCAAAAGAAAAAUGAGAGCAGGUUGUCACAUCCGGUGUAGGAAGUGUAAAGAAAGAGUAACUCAGGAAGAAAGGGAACUCAUUUUCACUAACUUUUGGAAAUUAGCUUCUGUUCAUCAGCACGCGAAAUGGCUGAGAAGGGGUUAUUAG